AUGGAUCUCCAACGAGUACGAAAAACCGUCAUUUCGGGUGGCAGCAGCCUCGUCGAUCUCCCCGAAUACAUAAUCACUUCCUUCUUUCCCGGAGCACGACCAUUGCUAGACAGCCACCCGUCCUUCUUUCGCUUUUUUGGCGUUCUCCUGGCCCUCUAUUACUUUGGCCCCGUCGCUCGGCUGAAAUCACUGUGGUCUCAGUUCUCUUCCGUCAUUGUCGCCACCAUCAACAUCUCGUCUGAUGAGGACCUCUUCGGCUAUCUCACUUCUUACUUGUCGGAGCGCAGGACCCUCCGUACGGACCAGGUCUUGAAUGCUGUGUCCAACAACUCCCAGGACUCGGGGCGGCGAAGAGGUCGGCACCAUGAUCCAGAUCUCGAAGAAGCCAGAAGGGCCGCCGAAACUCCCAAAAUCAAGUACGAGCAAGGCCAGGGCCUGCAGGUGUUCGUCCACAAGGGAAGGCUGUUCCUUUGUAGCCGCAAGUACGGGGAGGGCCAUACCUACUAUGGAAAUCGCUACAAGAGGAUGGAAAUCAUCUCUCUGUCGUGCCUCGGCCGCUCGACGCAACCAGUCAAGGACCUAAUCGAACAUGUUUACUACUUGAACAAGGCCAAAGAACGGUCUUUGACUAUCAUUCGCCGACCCUAUAGGGGAGGCCAGACAUGGAGCCGAGUCACCUCGAAACCCCGGAGAGCACUCGACACGGUCAUAUUGGAUGCCGAGCAAAAGGAACAGGUCCUCGCAGACGUGGCCGAGUACAUGGACGAAGCAACCAUGACUUUCUACGCGAACCACGGUAUUCCCUACCGACGCGGUUAUCUGUUCCACGGCCCGCCCGGAGUGGGCAAGACGUCGUUCGCACUUGCACUCGCUUCCAAGUUCAACCUCGACGUGUAUAACCUCUCGUUACUCGACAACGACCUGACGGACUCGGAUCUCAUUUCGCUUCUCAACCAACUCCCCGGCCGAUCGCUGCUGCUGCUGGAAGACAUCGACACCGCGGGUCUGAAUAGAAAAGGCGGGAAGCCUACCACGUCGUAUCGGAGUAGUCGGCGCAUGAGACUGCCCCCUCGCGAUCCUGACGACUAUGAGAUCGACAAUGACGAAGAAGGUGGCAGUGCCUCGCGCGUCACGCUCAGUGGCCUGCUGAACGCGAUUGAUGGAGUGGCGGCGCCAGAAGGCCAUGUUUUGAUCAUGACGACGAACAAACCGCAUGAACUUGACGACGCGCUUGUGCGAGCAGGCCGAAUCAGUGUGAGAGUGGGGUUCAGGAAUGCAAGCAAAAAGCAAGCAGAGGAGAUAUUCUUGAGGAUGUAUUUGAAUCUGCCGAGCAGUGCAAGCUUGAGAGGUAUGGAGGAGGCUGCAACAGGAGCAGCGACAAGGACGACAACUGUUCCUGGGCCUUCUUCUGGCAGCGAGGCGGAAAACGGGGACUUCGAUCUGCCCGACGACUCGGAAACCACGCGUCUCCGCCUUCUCGCCCACAAAUUCGCCUCGCUCAUUCCCGAAGGCGAUUUCUCACCCGCAGAUCUCCAAGACUAUCUCCUCAUCCACAAAAAGGACCCUGAGAAGGCACUAGACGAGUUGCCAAAGUGGAUGGAAAAGUUGUAUGAGGAGAGAAAGAGGAAGGAGGAUGAGAAGGAGGAGGAAAGGGAAGGGAAGAGGGAGAAGAAUAGGGAGGAAAGAAGGAGAUUUAGAGAGGAGGUGAAGAGAGCGGUCCAGGGGGGAGAGGGGGACGGGAACGAGGAUGAGGAUGGCGUUGACGACAAGAGCGAAAGGAAGGAUGAUGGGGACGAGAAGAUGAAAAGCCAAGAGGAAGCGGGAGGAGAUGGAACUGCUGCUGCUGCUGCUGCUGCUGCUGCCAGCGACGAGAAGAAGGCCGAGGACAAAGCCCUCGAGGAGACCGACGACACUCCUGCCCAGAAGAGGGACGCCGCUCGCGAGGAAAAGCGUGAUGACGCCUAG